AGUUCUUUUCUUCUUUCUCUUCUUUGGACAUUUACCGUGUACAGUCUUGGGCAAGUUAUGGAACCUCACUCUGGGUCCCUUUGUUUCCUGUGAGGAGUAAAUGAAUGAAUGUUUGUGGAUGCUUAGGGUAGUGCCCGGCUCACAGGCAGUGGGGCUCAAAUGUUGGCAGUUGCUGCUGAUAACCGUCCAUUCACUGCUUCAUCCUGGCAUCUCAGUAACAAAGGGGACGGAGGGCAGUUUCUGCAGCUCCCUCCUUGCACUGCUUCCUGUGGAAGGAACAAAUACUUGGGAAAUGUCUGUAUAAAAUAUGAGAAGAAAUCAUUUGAAUUGGGGAGAAUUUCUGAUAAUAGAACCACCUUUAUUUUUCAAUCUACUGUGCCUUUAUUUUUUAGUUAGGAAAAAGGCAAGUGGUUCAGUUCAGAUUUAAUGAGAGUCAUUAUUCUUACUUACUGCCUUGCUUUCAGUGUUCACCCUAACCCAUUUUAACAAUAAAUAACUACUUGUUUAUUGGGGCUUGGGGACAGGGAAUGAUUGCCGGAAAAAUCCCCAUCAUGAUUCUUCAGCGGGAAAUAUUUUUUAAUAGAAAAAUCGGAUGAAAAAAUUCACAAUCAAAUAAAGGCUUUUUUGUGUUUUUUAUACUUGCAGUAUUUUUUAAAAGCCAAAAUACUUUAUUAAAAUAUGCCUUUAUUUAAAUUUAAUGAUUGUUUAUUUUUAUUGCAACUUUGUCAUGCUGUUUGAAAUAAUGAAAUUUAAACAACGAAGAAUGAAGAGUUAAAAACAUGAGUCUGCUUUGAUCCUAUUCCCAAUUCCUACCUCUUCUCAGAGAGAAUGUCUGUUUUUGUGUCUCCUUCCAGACCUUUUUGUACAUAUCUAUAUAUACAUUUUUUUUUAAACAAAUGGCAUGUGUUAGGCACAUUAUGUGUUACAUACUAUGUUCUAUGACUUUUUUCCCACCACUUAUUGUGUAUUACUACAUAAAGAUUUACUUCUUUAUUUUUACUGGUCUCUUGGGUGGAUGUGGUAUAAAAUUCAUUUAACUGUUCCCCUAUUGAUGACUAUUUAGAUUAUUCCCAAUAUUUUGUUAUAGUUUUUUCAUUCAACAGAUGUUUAUUGACUGCCAGGCAGUGGUAGUGAAUGUAACACAGAACUGCCUGUUUUCAUGUAGUUACCUUCUUUUGGAGGUAGACAGACAAUAAAUGAAAUAUGUCAGGUACUGUUGAGGCCCAAAGGGUGAAGAAGGUUAUAGGAAGUGCUGGGAAUGAGAGGAGGGGUAUGCAUUUUAAAAUAGGAUGGUCAGGAAAGCUUUACCAAUAGAUAACAUUGAGUAGAGAUCUAGCAGAGGUGAAGUCAUGAGCUCUGGAGCCCUUGGUCAGGGAGAGACAUUCUAGGAAGGAGGCAAUUCCAAAGGCUCUGAGGCAGGGGCAUGCCCGAUGAGAAGGAGAAGCACAAUGAGGCCAUUAUGGCUGGAGUGGAGUGAGCCAGGGGCAGAGUGGGAGGAGAUGAGGUCACAGAGGAGGCAGCAGAGAGUCAGGGCUUUUUUGGCCAUUAUAAGGAAUUUGUUUCUUACUGAGUGAGGUGGUAAGCCUUUGAAACUUUCCAAGCAGAGGCAUGAUAGAAUCUGACUUCGAUUUGCGAUGAUCACUUUGCUUUCUUGAUAAUAACUAUUGGAAUGGAAACAAGGAAGCCAUUGAGGAGGCUAUUGCAACAAUCCAGGCAAGACACAAUGAUGGCUCUGACAGGCUUGGACCAGGGUGGUAGUAGUAGAGGUGGUAGGACAUGGUUAGAUUCUGAGCAUGUUUUAAAAAUAGGGUGAGAGAGAAGAGUCAAGGAUUCUUCUGUAAUUUUAGGUCUGAGCAGUGGAAAAGGUGGAGUUGCGAUGAAACGAGAUGGGGAAGACUGCAGUAGGCAAGAUUAGUUUCUUUUUUUUAAAUUGACGUUUAGUUGAUUUACAACAUUGUGUUAGUUUCAGGUAUAUAGCAAAGUGAUUUGGUUAUAUAUGUGUGUGUGUGUGUGUAUACAUACACACACACACACACAUAUAUAUAGUAAGUCCCCACAUAUGAACCUUCAAGUUGCGCACUUUCAAAGAUGUGAACGUGAGUUUGCAUGUCCAGUCACGUAAGUUAGUUCAUGUGUCUGGUGUACAUUGUCACAUGCGUGCAUCCUCUACAAGUGGUUGUACUUUUGUGUACUUUACAGUACUGUAGAGAGUACAGUAGUACAGUAUCUUUAUUUACUGCCUGUUCACUGGAUGCCAGCCCCUGAAUGCCAGCCGUUGUGCUACUGUACUUUUCAAGGUGCUAUACUGUAAGAUUAAAAAUAUUUUCUUUAUUUUUUGUUUGUUUUUAUGUAUUAUUUGUGUGAAAAGUAUUAUAUACCUAUUACAGUACAGUACUAUAUAGCUGAUUGUGUUAGUUGGGUACCUAGGCUAACUUUGUUGGACUUAUGAACAAAUUGGCCUCUGAACACACUCUCAGAACUGAACUCGUUUGUGUGUAAGGGACUUACUGUAUAUACACAUACAUAGAUACAUAUACUUUUGCAGGUGCUUUUCCAUUAUAGGUUAUUACAAGAGAAAGUAAGCAAGAUUAGAAAUUGGGCUUUGAGCACAUUACAUUUGAGAACCUGUUGACGGCCAAUCAAGGUAUUGAGUAAGUGGUUGGAUGUGUAAAUUUGGAGUUCAGUGGCAAGGUCAGGGCUGGAGAUGCAAACCUGGGAGUCAUCAGUUUAUUCAUGGAGUUUAAACCCAGAGCUCACCUAGGGAGUAAAUUAGAGAGGAGAUUCAAGGACAGCCCUUGGGCACUUCAAGGUUAAGAGGCUUGAGGAUAUGAGAAGCAUGCAGCAAAGAAGACCAAGAAGGCAACCGGUGAGGUAAGAGAGAAACCAAGGAAAUGUGAUGCCCUGGAAACCAGACAAGUUGGUCAUAAUGGCAGGUGAAGAAAUUAAUGAAGACUAUCCAGUAGAAAUUCAUGAAUAUUUAUCAACAUUUGAGAAUUCCAUUGGUGCUGUGGAUGAGAUGCUGAAGACCAUGAUGUCUGUUUCUAGAAAUGAGUUGUUGCAGAAGCUGGACCCACUUGAACAAGCAAAAGUGGAUUUAGUUUCUGCUUACACAUUAAAUUCAAUGUUUUGGGUUUAUUUGGCAACGCAGGGAGUCAAUCCUAAGGAGCAUCCAGUAAAGCAGGAAUUGGAGAGAAUCAGAGUAUACAUGAACAGAGUCAAGGAAAUAACAGACAAGAAAAAGGCUGGCAAGCUGGACAGGGGUGCGGCUUCAAGAUUUGUAAAAAAUGCCCUGUGGGAACCAAAACCUAAAAAUGCAUCCAAAGUUGCCAAUAAAGGAAAAAGUAAAAAUUAACCUUUCAGUUUUGAUGUACACAUAUUCAAAAAGUACAUAAUUUUUAUUGUUUUCUUCAAAAUAGAUGAUGAUUAUGUGGCAUUAUAAGGUUUAAAUGUAUUUCUUAUUGAAUUUGUAUGUAAAGUUUGCAUUUUAAAUUUGUGAUGCUAAAUACUUUUUCCCCCAGAAAGAUUAAGUUAUACUGAUUGGUUUUCCUUUAGAACACUGAGCUUUUUAACAUUGUGGUAUAUUUUAUAUUUAUAGUUUACAGUCUCUUGACAAGACUCUUAUUUCCUUAUAUAGGUCAGUCUUUCAAGUGCCAUUUUAUAAGCAACUAUGAAAUUUUAGUUAAAUGUUCUUUGUAAACAUUUGUCUAUUUUCGAUGAAUAAUGAUUUUAUGAAGUAUGCUGAAGUUUUAAAUACAUCUGUUUUCACUAUGUAUUGUUAGGAAAGAAUGAAAUGACUUAAAUGUCCAUUUUUUCUGUGAAGUUAUUUUAUUAUGCUUUCAUGAUUUUGGGAAUUACUGCUUUUUGUGAUAUUUGAAGUAUGAAAUUAAGACUUUAAGGUUAUUCUUUAAUUCUUGGCACUUUGCCACUGUGUCCCAUUUAAAGUAAAAUAUAUUCUCAUUAACUUUAGAUGGGAAAUGAGGUUGUAUAUUGAUGGCUAAAUUUUGGCAUAAUGGCUAUCAAUAAAGCUGUAAAUGUUGUGUAGCUGACCUGUUUUUUGUUUUUCUCUUUUGAGUAAAUUUUCUCGUGAAAUUAGGAAGGUAGUUUUUAGAAAUCCUGAGGAAUGGAGGAAUUCAUGAGUUUUUGUUCCUUAUGCAUAGUGCCCACAGUUCCCUUGUUCUCAUGGUUUCAGAUUUUUUUUUUAUUAUAUGUUUCUGAGGCUAUAGCAAGUGUAUACAAGUAUUUUGGAACAACUUUGUAUGUUAUUUAAUGCCACUUAAGCAGAGGAGAAAUCCAAAGGAGAUUUCAUUGUGUUUACAUUCUGAUUUAUUUUUCUGCAGUAUUUGUUAGAGAAUUCUAAAUAUUAAGUUUUUUUAUGUCUAAGCCCAUAAAUUUUAAUUGUAUACCCUUAAUGCUUUCAGUCUUUGAAUACACAUCGUUAUGUAUAGGAAUGCCAAGUACAGUAAAAUAAUUUUUGAAAAAGAAGUUGUUAAAAUUUUUUGUGUGAUUAAUUCUCCAUAAGUAACCUUGAAUAAAUGGAUUUCUUGAUUUAUGGUAGUAGAUAUUGGAAAUGGUCUUAAAAUGUAAUGGAUUUUGUAAAGCAUGUUGAACUCUUUCUAUGACACAUGAAGAGGAAGUCACUGAUAGAUGCAGAAAGUCUUCUGGCUCAGAUGUCAGACAAUUUUUGAAGUGGAAGAACAUUUAUAGUUAUUUUACUCCUUUUUUCACCCUCAUCCCUUCAAAAUUCUGGGUUUUUUUUUUUUCAGUAACUUUUUCAUGAGAGAAAUAAAUGUUAUUAAGAUCAAG